CUCAGUAUACAAGCGAGUGUACUACAUUGAGCACUAUAAUUAUAUAAAUGUUUUAAUUCAUAUUAUCUUGUUUCAAUACAGAAUUUUUCAGUCUCUGUUUUACAUUAGCUUGAGUUAGUUUCUACUUUGACCCGAAUCAGAAAAAAGAAAUCUUUGACCUUUGAAAGAGUGACUCCACCCAACAGACAAACCUGCUGCUUUUAUGAAGAGGAACCUUGACAUGCAGGAAACUUUACAGAACAUGCUGGCAUGCGAAUGACUUCAUCUGACCUUCUGACAGUCAGAUUUGGUGUGUAGCACACAUGCUUCAGACUCUGGUCAUGCUGGGGUGUUCCUAUUCACCUUAAUUUCCCGCAGCUAAUGAAACAGAAAUCUCACAAAUUCACAGAAAACGCCUUACUUCUGAGUUGAAAAAUAAGAGUCAUUGGAGUAGCUCAAACUGUUCAGAUCAAUCAUGGAUAAAACACAAACAUCUGGAAAUGAAGAUUUGUUUACAGGACAAAGUUCAGUUCAUCAGAAGAGAUCAGAUCCUGAACCCAGCCAUGUGUCUUUGAAGAGUGAUGCAUCUAUGCUUCAGCCAAUAAAGUUCAACAGUGGAGAAACACGGCCUGGACUCAGUCCAGCUCAUCAGAAAAGAUCAGAACCAGAGCUCAGCCAUGUGUCUUUGAAGAGUGAUGCAUCUAUGCUUCAGCCAAUAAAGUUCAACAGUGAAGAAACACGGCCUGGACUCAGCUCAGUUCAACAGAAACGAUCAGAUCCAGAGGCCAAUUAUUUGUCUGUGAAAAGACAUGUGUCUAUGGGUCAGGCAAUAAAGUUUAAGAGUGGAGAUACACGGCCUGGUCUCAGCCAAGUCCUCAAAACAUUUAGACUAAAUCUGAUGAAGAAGUUUGAGUGUCUGUAUGAAGGAACAGUGACGCAUGGAAACCCAACACUGCUGAAUGAGAUCUACACAGAGCUCUACAUCACAGAGAGUGAGAGAAGAGAGAUCAGUAAUGAGCAUGAGGUGAGACAGAUUGAGACACAGUCCAGGGGAGGAGCAACAGAGGACACACCGAUCAAAUGCAAUGACAUCUUUACAGCUUUACCUGGACAAGACAAACCCAUCAGAACUGUGCUGACAAAGGGAGUCGCUGGCAUUGGAAAAACAGUCUCAAUGCAGAAGUUCAUCCUGGACUGGGCUGCAGGGAAAAAGAAUCAGGACGUCCAGCUUAUAUUUCCACUUCCUUUCAGAGAGAUCAACCUAAUAAAGGACAAAACACUCAGUCUUUCAGAUCUUCUUAAUUUCUUUUUCCCUGAAAUAAAAGAAAUGGAAAUAUCCAUUGAGGAACAUAAAGUAUUGUUCAUCUUUGAUGGUGUGGACGAAUGUCGUCUGUCUCUGGAUUUUAAGAGAAAAGUGAAACUGUGCAAAAUAUCUAAAUCAGCCUCAGUGGAUGUGGUUCUGACGAACCUGAUUGUGGGGAAUCUGCUUCCCUCUGCUCUCAUCUGGAUCACUUCCAGACCAGCAGCAGCUGAUCUCAUCCCCCCUGAGUGCGUCCAUCGAGUGACAGAGGUACGAGGCUUCAAUGAUCCACAGAAGGAGGAAUACUUCAGGAAGAGAUUCAGUGAUCAGAGUGUGUCCAACAGGAUCAUUUCACACCUGAAGUCAUCCAAGAGCCUCUACAUCAUGUGCCACAUCCCAGUCUUCUGCUGGAUUUCAGCCACUGUUCUGGAGAAGAUGUUGAGUCGAAAAGAGAGUGGAGAGAUUCCCAAGACUCUCACUCAAAUGUACACACACUUCCUGAUCCUUCAGACCAAUAUCAAACAUCAGAAGGACUAUGAGAAGAGAGAGAAGGAUGAAGACAUGAUCAUCAAACUGGGGAAACUGGCUUUCCAGCAGCUUAUGAAAGGCAACCUGAUCUUCUAUGAGGAAGACCUGAGAGAGUGUGGCAUUGAUGUGACAGAAGCAUCAGUGUACUCAGGACUGUGCACUCAGAUCUUCAGAGAGGAGUUGGGCUUAUAUCAGGGGAAAGUCUUUAGCUUUGUUCAUCUGAGCCUUCAGGAACAUCUAGCAGCUCUAUAUGCACACCUCUCCUUUACAAUCAACAACAUCAAUUUGUUUGAUCAAACGAAACAAAGUCUGUGGUCUAAGAUUUUUAAUCAGAAGAAAUCUAAUAUAUUAUCUGAGUUGAAUAAGAGAGCUGUGGAUGAGGCUUUACAGAGUAAGAAUGGACAUCUGGAUCUUUUCCUGCGUUUUCUUCUGGGUCUCUCAAUGGAGUCCAAUCAGACUCUCUUACGAAAACUACUUACAAGGACGAGAAGCUGCUCUUACAACAAAGGGGAAACAAUUCAGCACAUCAAACAAAAGAUCAGAGAAAAUCGCUCUCCAGAGAACUCCAUCAAUCUGUUUCACUGUCUGAAUGAACUGGGUGAUGAUUCACUGAUGCAGGAGAUCCAAGAUUACCUCAAAUCUGGAGAAAUAAGAGAAACCAAACUCUCCUCUUCACAGUGGUCAGCUCUGGUUUAUGUUUUGCUGACAUCAGAACAGAAGAUGGAUGUGUUUGAUCUGAAACAGUUUAUUGGAGCACAACAUGCAGCAGAUGAAGUUCUUCAGAACCUGUUACCUGUGGUUAAAGAAUCCAGAUCAGUUCAGUUAUGUGGAUGUAAUCUCACUGCUCAGUCCUGUGAAAGUUUAUCUUCAGCUCUGCAGUCCUCAAACUCUGUCCUGAGAGAGCUGGACCUGAGUAACAAUGACCUGAAAGAUUCUGGAGUGAAGCUGUUGUCUGAUGGACUGAAGAAUCCAAACUGUCAGCUGGAGAUUCUGAGAUUGUCUGGCUGUAUGGUGACAGAGAAAGGAUGCCGUUAUAUAUCUUCAGCUUUGAGUUUAAACCCCUCUUACCUGCGAGAGCUGGAUCUAAGCUACAAUUACCCAGAAGAUUCAGGAGUCAAGCUGCUCAAAGAAAAACUGCAGAAUCCAAACUGCUCACUGGACAAACUCAAUGUGGAUCAUGGAGGAGAAUACAGGGUUACACCAGGACUACAGAAAUGGGUUUGUUUUCUCACACUGGAUCCAAACACGGCAAACACUCAACUCAUUCUGUCUGAGGAUAAGAAAAAGGUGACAUGUGUGGAAGAGGAACUGAAGUAUCCUGAUCAUCCAGACAGAUUUGAUGAACAUCAGGUGUUGUGUAAUGAGAGUGUGUGUGGACGCUGUUACUGGGAGAUUGAGUGGACUGGAGAUUAUGGUGUGGAUAUAUCAGUCUCAUAUAAGAGCAUCAGGAGGAAGGAAUGGGGUGAUGAGUGUGUGUUUGGACGUAAUGAUCACUCCUGGAGUUUGCACUGCUCUUCUGACAGAUACAUAUUCAGACACAAUAAAAGAGAGACUGAUCUCCCCGUGAAGUCCAUCAGCAGAAGAAUAGGAGUAUUUGUGGAUCACAGCGCAGGAACUCUGUCCUUCUACAGCGUCUCUGACACAACGAGCCUCAUCCACACAGUCCAGACCACAUUCAAUCAGCCGCUCUAUCCUGGGUUUGGUGUUAAUAUUGGAUCAUCAGUGAAACUGUGUUGAUGAAUCAAAACAAGAAGAUAAAUCGGUAACAUUGUCUUUUAUUUUCUCUUUAUUAUGUGUAGCUGAACUUCAUGACAUAUCAGAACAAAUGUAUGUAAUAAAUCAUCAUAUGGACAGAAAGAUCA